AAACAACAAACAACAAACAACAAGCAACAAACAACAUACUCAAACAACAUCGUGCUCUCACUGUAUCGUGCAUCGUAUCGCCGACCAGAACGAACCAAAGACUAGAACCAAACCGACUGUUUUUGACGCAGCGGGGCGAUUGCGAUUGCGAUGACGAUGAUGAUGUCUGCAAGUAACGAUUCUAACGAGAGCGGCGCACCUGCUUCCACCAGCASCAGCAACAAUUCGGUAGCGGCAGCAGCAACAGCAACAGCACCACCACUCCCAGCAGCAACAACAGGAACAGGAACAGGAACAGCAACAGGAACAGCAAACUCACUACCCGUGACUCUCGAACGAGAAGAUGUUCUGCGGCUAACACAAAACAGCGAAAACAAUCUCUCCGUUGCUUCAAUGACGGAUGCAAACAACGACGAGAGCUUUAACAGCAACAGGAACAACAACAGCAACAGUAACAACAGCAGCAACAACAGCAGCAACAACAGCAACAACAACAACAACAGCAACAACAACAGCAACAGCAACAACAUGGUGGAAAUGCAAGUCCAGAGCAGCACCGUUGGCAGCAGCAGAAACAGCGUCGAUUUGAAUUUGAAUUCAAAUUCGAACACGAUAUCGAACACGAACUCGAAUUCUUCUUCUCCGGUCCGAGCAAGACCCAGCCACCGCAACAGCAACAGCAACAGCAACAGCAACAGCGGGAGGAAAGUGAAAAAGGCGGUCAGAAAAGAAAAACGAUCUAUGGACGCGGCGGUCGCAGCCGCCAUUCAAAACUAUGCGGGGGAAUCGGAGAACGGAGAGAAUUCUUGCCUGCGUCCGGAUUCCGCUGCCGGUGAGAGCGAAACCGCAAACGCCGCUUCUGCGGGCAUGGACAGGGACGCUGCCGUGGCCGGCGGCAGCAAGAAACGAACCCAGGCCUCGAUUCGUAAGAAAAAGACCUCGAGCUCGGGUUCGGGUCCCGGUAGCGCCAGCGGAAGGGGCAAGCAAACACACCGCCGCCAAAAGACCAACGGCGGCGCCGCCGUGUCGGUGGUUUCUUCGCAGUCGCAGUCGCAGUCUACCAACCAGAGCGGCAAGAAAAAGAAGAGGAAAAAAAAAUCAUCGUCGGCAUCGGUUUCGUCGUCUUCUGCCUCCUCCUCCCCCCAGCGUCGCCACUCUAGAACCAACGACAGCGACCGACAGGCCCCGGCGAAUGCCUCGACGAAUCUCCAUCCACGCCAGCGAUCCAUCGAUCGAACGGGGGCCGUAGCGAUCUUCCCCUCGGGGACAACGGCACCGGAGCCGACCCCGUUUUCAUCAAACAUCCCGGUUGCUUCCGUUCACCUUACCCCACCACGUCCAUCUCCGGCCUUUUCUCCGAGCAUGAUGGAGCAAGAUAUAUUCGGUGAUACCUCCGUCAUCCACCGGGAGCCGCCGCCCUUGCAACCCCAAUUUCCGACACCCGCAAGCAAUGGAAGCAACGGAAACAGAAACAAUCCCGACAGAAGCACCAGCACCAGCGGUACCAUUUCUGCACCAGACGUCAUCGUGAGGGCCCAAGCGAUAUCGAGCGAAGACUACUACGCCGAGGUUCGGCGCCGGAUUCGAGAGGAGGAGUACGAGGCGGCGCGGCUCAGGAUACGGACACAAAGAGGGAACCAGGUCGUGGUGCACGCGGUAGACGUCGUCCCGCUGCCCAUGGUGGACAGCCAAGACGGCAACAUCAGCACCAUCACACCCGUCACCAACGGUGGUGCCGCAAGUGCUACUACCGCUGCGGUCGUUACCGCUAGCAGCACUACCGAAAUGAGUGGAAAGGAAGACGCUUCUCGCACGAGCUACCCUUGGACCGGGAACUUCGUACCUCGGGAGGGCCAGCGGCGAUGGCUGUGGUUCGGACUCUUUGGAGGUGGAAUCGCAUGUCUUACCAUUUUGGUGCUGACGGUAGUGCUUACCACCGUCCUUAGCAACCAGAGCAGCGUGAAUUCCGAUGAUUUUCACAACAAUCGAAGCGAUGAUUACGAUGACGACGACCUGUCCCCGGGUACGAUACUAGUCGGCAAGGACGACGACAACUACAGCAACGACGUAAUAGCCACCAUGAACAGCCCGGUGGGAAAGCUUGUUGGCAGCGUUUUGCCGAAAUCGUCGCUGGAGAGCAUCAAGGCCAAUUUCGAGGGGCCACAAUUCAAGGCCUUUGCAUAUUUGGUCGACAACGAUCAAUACCUAGGGUUGGGGCUCGGCGAUGCCGGUGGCAAGGACAACGACGCCGAAGAAAUAUACCAAAAAUUGACACCCUUCCAGCAAAACAAGAUUAAGACCGUCUUUUCCCUUGUCACGCUCUACCACUCCCUGGACGGAAACAAAUGGCACACCCGCGCCAAUUGGUUGGAUCCGACGAAGGACGUCUGUGACUGGCAAGGCGUCAAUUGCAAGAACGAAUUGGCGACCCAGGAUUACGCCGCCCAGAAUGACAAAGCCGGUGCUAGCACCGCAACCACAAAAGACUCCCUGGAUGUCCGAAAGCCAGACGGUGUCACCGGCUCUAAGGAAAAGGAAGGUUUCGACUACAGAAGAGAAUUGCGGUGGCAAGCCAAUCCACAAUUUUUACAGGUGCCACCACAACGACUACGAAUGCUGCGCAGCACAGAUGACAGCAGGGACGGUGCAGAAUCCAGUGGUUCGAGAACCAGGGAAAUUAUGACGAAAGAACGAUACUUAGAAGACUCGGUGUAUGCCGGGAUUGGCGAUGAGGAAAGCCAAAAUGAUUUUGACGACGUUUUAUUUAUGUUCGAUGAUGCCUUUUUAGACGAGUUUGACAAUUACGACAAAACGGAUCCCGACGAAUACCUUGAAGACACCAUCCCCAUUCGCAGCCUGGAACUGAACUUUAACAAUCUUGUGGGAACCCUGCCCGACGAAGUGGGUUUGUUAUCGAACGUCUACGAACUUAUUGAUCUGGGAGGAAACAAAAUUUCCGGGUCGAUUCCGUCCACCUUCAAGAUGCUUUCGAGACUCGAGGGGCUGAACCUGAGCGACAAUAUUCUUACUUCGAUCUUGCCCUCGGAUCUUGGAUAUAUGAGGUUUAUGCGGAGGUUCGAUGUUUCUGGGAACCCCGGGAUACACGGCAUUCUACCCUGGUCGUUUAAGUUCUGGAUCAAAAUUGGUGCGUAACAAAGCAAAGCAAAAUAAAACAAUGGACAAAUAUUUUUGUGCCAUGAACAAACAGCGCAAAAAUCGAAAGAUGGAGCGAGGUGAUUCCUUUUUUCGCACAACCCCUGAUCCGUUGCUGCUUCUUCUUCUUUUGUUACGAAAACACAAAUGUCUUGAUCGUAACCACCUCAACAAAAUGAAUUGCUAUUAAUUCAAAAGACGAACUCUCGAUUCAUGGCACCGGCCUAUCGGGAGUCGUUCCAAUUGAGGUAUGCGACAUGGUCCAAAGCCGGAAGAAAGAUACCGAAAACCCACUGUCAUUUCGAGCCUCGUGCCCCUUGGCUAUCGAAUGCCCCUGCUGUACGGAGUGUUGCAACAAGGAAAAAGAAAGCGACUUUGACUACAAGUGCAAAGCAACCGAUCCGCCAGACCCCUUUGGGUUCUAGCCCAGUGCAAUGUGAUGAGAUGCAAUACAGUGCCAGGUGUUGAUAUUUUGUCCGCGUUCUGCCUCUAUUUAUGAAUGCUCCAAAGGCUACUACAAAACCCUUUUGGUGGGAUAUCCCCCCCAAAUGCUCCUUUUCGAUUCCCUUGCACCACGCCGUGCAACACUGUACAGCACAUUGUUCAUCGAAAUAGGGCACAUGAUGGUGUGAGAAUGAAUGAUAUAUGUACGUUAGAACCUUGUGUUGUCCAUCAAAUCAACGGGGUUAAAAACA